CCUUGUUGAUUUGUUAAUGUAUUGCAGGUACUUCAACACAGAAACGCCAUAUUUCAUUGUAACAAUAUGGAAGUAGAGGACACAGACAUUGCAAAUUAUAUAGAUGAUAUGAUAGAACUGCUGCAAGAUGAUAAAGAAAUCAAAGAUAGACAGGAAUCUAAAAAUGCGGCCAAGAAACUGCUUGAGCUAAAGCAGGAAAAGUUUGUAAUAACAACUACAGAUGAAUUGGAAGUCCGUCGUAUUGCAAUGGAUGCAAUCGAAGAGAAGGAAAAGAAUCUUGAACAGAGAAUAGUUGACGCAUCGAAUGAAAUUGGAGUUAAAACUGAUGAAAGUAAAACACAGAUAAAGGAGAUAGGUUCAACUAUUAAAGAUGAACUCGCACAGGAAAGGGUAGAUAUGAAAGAUGAUUUGAGAAAGACAGAAAUCGACUUAAAAGGAAAACUAGAGAAGAGAGAGAAAGAAAUCAAGGAAGCGAUUAGGAUGAAGGAAAUUGAAUCUACAGAGGCUAUGGAUAAAAAAGAGAUGGAAAUCAAAGAUAAUUUGAGAAUGGUAGAAUUGGAAUCAAAAGGGAAACUAAAUCAAAAAGGGAAAGAAAUUGAAAAGCAUUUAGAGCGUAAAGGAGAAGAUAUACUUAAUCAGCUGGAAAGAAAACAGUCAGCUCAGAUUCAGAUCGAGGCCAAGCGUAAUGAUGAUAUUACUAAGGCAGCAGCAGACGAUUUAAUGAAGUCAAGUUCUCGUGAAAGGGCACUGCAGUCUAAUUAUGAAAGAAUGAGAGCAGGUAAUUCUUACCUUUACUCAACAUUUAAAAAACAUUUUAUAUCAUUAUAUUAUUUGUAUUAUUAAAGUGUGAAAGUCCUAUCGGUUUGUUGAAUUUAUAUUUGUUUUCUUUAAUCGAGUUGAACCAUCUACUUUCCGUAGAAAAACAGGAAGAAAGCAAUAUCAGUUAGACUGAUGUUGAUCAACAGGUGUUUCAGAUUGAUGAACAUUUAAAUUAAUUCUGUGUAGUAAGUUAUGCAAACUGAUGAUAUUAUUUUAAUAUCUUUUUUUUUAAAAUACAGUGUCAGAGACAUAUUAACGUAAUGAGCUAUAUCUUUACAACAGAAAAAGGAAAAGUGUUGUUAGCUUUUAUGCAACAUUAGACUAAGUACGCUUGAUUCAAUACAGCCCUCUGAAUUUACUCCUGUUCGCAUCUUUCAGUUAUAUCUCUUUUCGGGAUAUGAAAUUCUUGCUCCAUAUUUUAUCAAGACAGCGAUUUGAGCAUGCAGUUUUCAACAGAAUGCUAUAAGUAUAUACUGAAACGUAGUAUAAUGAAAGAAAACACUUUUCUAUCGAGAAAGGGUACGAGGAACCGAAGAAUAGAACUAUUGUAUUUGGACAGAAGUAAGAAGCAAUAAUUCGGUCAAAGUUUGCUUCCAUGGUGUCGAAAGUACCCUGUAGGUUAGAGACCACAAAGUGUUUUCCAACAGACUUCCAUUAUAGCAUUGUGGUGUGUACGGCCUUAGAUUUUUUUAAACAUGUAUAUCUGGUACAUUUUUUUUCAAGAACUAUCUUAGUUCCACCGAAACAUAUGAAAAGUGAUGC